AUGGGCCGGCGAGCAAAAUACCUCACAUUAGAUGAGAAAGCAGCUGCCUCACAACAACAUAGAGAAUCAUAUUCUCAGUCACAAAGAGGUAAAAUAGUGAGGCAAGCUCAGAAUGCUCGUUACUACGCCAAGCGUCAUGGUCGACGUGGACCUCGUACAUCCAAGAUCAUGUCUGAAGCACCUCUCACGUCUUCCUUGUUGCAAUUCGCGGCUCUCCCCCUUCCCGAUUCUUAUCUCUUUCGCCAAUCCCUUGCCGGUUCAAACUUGAUCGACGAAUCUGACCUUUUGCAAUGGGACUAA